CGACCAAAGUAGUAAAAAAAAAAAACACUUCGCUUGAAGAUUAUGAGAUUUGUGUGAGCUGCUCUGCUGUUAGCGUUCGGCUAGUUAGCAUACACCUUAGCUAGCUAGCUAACUAAACACUUCUUCGGAUUCCCUUUCCCCCCAAAUGGACUGAUUAAGCAAAGACCUGAGAGACCUCACAUCUUCCUUUUUUGAAAAGGGCCAUGGCGCAGCAGCCCGGCCCACCUGAGAUCACAUGGUGUACAGGAUCUCCUGGGGUCACUCUGAGCACAGAGGACGACUCCGGAUUGGAGGAUGGAGAUGACGUGUGUGGUAAUCACGGAAACAGCAGCCCAGAUCGGUCUCCGAAUCCACAUGGAGAAAAGGAAUGCACCACUAUCUUCGUCUCGUUCAAGGGAAACCUGGAAGAUGUCGACUUUCAGCAGAAGCUUGACACCAUCUUGAAUGGGAUGCCCCAGAUGCUGUCAUUGGGUCCUGAGAGGCUGGCGCCCCAGCGAGUGGAACCCUGGAACAGCGUGCGAGUCACGUUUAAUAUCCCCCGAGAAGCUGCUGAACGCCUGCGCCUCCUCGCUCAAAACAACCAGCAGCAGCUCCGGGAUCUGGGGAUCCUGUCAGUGCAGAUUGAAGGUGAAGGACCCAUCAAUGUGGCAGGUGUGCAAAACCGAGGUCAGGAAGUCAGAGUGAAUGGACCUAUUGGGGCACCGGGUCAGAUGAGGAUGGAUGUUGGGUUUCCUAUGCAACAAGGCCCUGCUGGAAUGCGGAUGAACAAUCCCUCAAUGGUGCCCUCUGGUCCCGGCAUGGCUCCUCAGGGUAUGGUGCCUGGCAGUAGUGGACAGAUGCACCCGAGGGUACCGAGGCCAGCAACACAAUCAGAUUCAAUGGAUCCCAUGAUGUCUGGACUCGCUUUGCAGCAGCAGCAACAGCUGCCACACCCACAGGGAACACAUGGUCCACCCACCCCUAUGGGUCCACAGGGACAUCACAUACAGGGCUUACAAGCAAACCGGCAGCUCAAUCCAGCCGCCCUACAACAACUACAGCAGCAGCAGCAUCAACAACAGCAGGCUCAAUUAGCACAGUUGAGUGGUGCUCGUGGCCCAUUUAAUCCUUCAAACCAGAUUCCUGUCCCUCCUGGUUGGCUUCAGCCACCACCUGCUCAGGGGUCUAUGCCUCCAAAUUGGAGAAAAGCUCCCCCACAAGCUCAAAUAGGGCAGCGUCCUCCUUCUUUGGCAACUGUGCAAACACCAAACCAUCCUCCGCCACCAUAUCCCUUCGGUAGCCAGCAGGCUGGGCAGGUUUUUAAUGCCAUGGCUCAGCAGCAGACAGCAGGGCCAAACCAGUUUGCAGCCCCUCAGCCGAAAGGUCCCCAAGGAGUUGUGGGUGUUGUUGGAUCAAGGGUGCCUCCUCCCUUGCCUCCUGUGUCUGCUUCACAGGGCAACCUUGCUGCAAAGUCCCCUGGAUCAUCAUCUUCACCAUUUCAGCAGGGUUCACCUGGAACCCCACCUAUGAUUGGACAAGGUCAAGGUCAGCUAGGUCCACGUCCAACAACUCCCCAGGGGUUCCCACAAGGAGUUGGCUCCCCAGGCAGGGCUGUGUUAGGGCAGCAGGGGAAUGUUCAGCCAGGUUUUAUGGGAAUGCCUCAGCAUGGCCAGGUUCCCCAAGGAGGGAUGGGAGGUAUGCCAAAACGAAUGCCAAUGGGGUUCCCAAAUGUAAGUCAGAACUUUGCACAAGUACAAGUUACCGCAAGUGGGGCAGGAGCGCCGACAGGUGGUACCCUUCAGCUUCAAAGUGGCCAAAACAUGGCUCAUCCUGGUCCACAACCUUCAGUUUCAACACCAAACCACAUGCAGCCUAAUUCCCUACAACCUGCUGGAAUUGGCCAUCAUGGCGGAAUGGCUCCUCAGCCUCCAUCCACCUCUGGUGGUGGUAUGGGCCAACCACAGUCAGGUCUACAGACCCAGAUGAUGGGUAUGCAGUCCCAGCUUCAAAAUCAGCCUGUUGCCUCCUCUCAAGGUCAAAUGGUGCAAGGCCAGGCAGGGGGUCAGACUGUCCUUUCCCGGCCCAUGAAUCAAGGACAGCGAGGACUGACCCCUCCUAAACAGUUAAUGCCUCCACAGGGACAAGGGAUGAUGCAGAACCAGGCCCAGCUUGGUGGGGGGCAGGGGCACCAAGCAUUACUGAUGCAGCAGCAGCAGCAACAACAGCAGCAGCAGCAGCAACAACAACAGCAGCAGCAACAACAGCCACAGCAACAGCACCAACAUCAGCAACAAGCAUCACAGCAGCAGAAUGCUAUGAUGGAACAGAUGGUAGCCAACCAAAUGCAAAGCAACAAGCAAGCUUUUGGGGCCAAAGGUCAACCAGCUGUUAUGCCAGGUCAGAUGAUGCGAGGCCCAUCCCCUAACAUGGUGCAGUUUCAGUCGCAACAACAGCAGCAAAUGGCUCAGUUGCAACAGCAGCAACUACAGCAGCAGCAGCUUCAACUGCAACACCAACAGCCACAACAACAGCAAUUACAGCAGCAGCAACUACAGCAGCAUCAGCAGCAAAUGGCACAACAGUCCCAGCAGAUACCAGUCAAUGGUAAUCCCAACCAAACAUUAGGGAUGCAUGGUCCUCAAAUGCGAGUUCCAGGACAUUUGGUUCAGCAACAGCUCCAACAGCAGCAGCAGCUUCAGCAAAAACAACAGCAACAACAUCAGCAACACAUGAUGCUACAGCAGCAACAGCUACAGCAGCAACAGCUACAGCAGCAACAGCUACAGCAGCAACAGCAGCAGCAGCAACAGCUACAGCAGCAACAGCUUCAGCAGCAACAGCUACAGCAGCAGCAGGCUGGCCAACAGCACUCACAUCAGCUUGGAGAUGGCACUGGAAACACAGGUGAUAUGAGCCAACAGCAGAUGCUUCCUGACAUGCAAAUGCAGCAGCAGCAGCAAGGUAUGAUGGGAGGGCCUCAACACAUGCAGGUGGGCAAUGGACAUUUUCCUGGCAUGCCUUUCAAUUCUCAGUUUGCUGGCCAGAUGGCCAUUGCUGGACAAGCAGCUGGGUUUCCAGUGAACAAGGAUGUGACCCUGACUAGUCCCUUAUUAGUUAACCUACUUCAGAGUGACAUUUCUGCCAGCCAGUUUGGGCCAGGUGGAAAACAAGGAGCUGGUGGGGUUGGUGUGAACCAGGCCAAACCAAAAAAGAAGAAACCACCUCGUAAGAAGAAACCAAAAGCAGGCGAGGGGCAGCAGUCUGUAGAAGGCCUUGGAGGUUUGGAUUCAGCCCCACAAGGGUUGGAUGAUGCAGAGUUGCAAGGUCUGGGUAGUGAUCAAGGAGCUGGCACAGAUUCUUCUAACUCAAAGCUCCCCGAAUUUGCUAAUCGACCAGGCUUUUCGGGACAAUCAGGAGAUCAAAGGGUUUUACAGCAAAUGCCAUUGCCAUUCAUGGCCCAGCAGCAGCAACAACAGAUGCAACAAAUGCAGCAGCAACAGUUACAACAAAUGCAUCAGCAGCAGCAAGAACAACAACAACAACAACAACAACAGCAGCAGCAGCAGCAGCAAAUACAGCAGCAGCAACAAAUGCAGAAGCAACAGAUGCAAAUGCAGAUUUCAGGUCAACCUGGAACACCACAAGGUCCACAACAAGGACAACAUCAAAUCCAUCCGCAUCACUUGCAGCCGCCAACACAGCACAUGCAGCAGCAGCAACAGCAACCACUGACACAACAGCAGCAGCAACAACACGUGAUGAUGAUGCUUAAAAUGCAGGAGCAAGCAAAGAAUCGUCCCCCACUUCAACAAAGUGGCCAUCCCCAAAGACCUCUUGUUAAUCCUGGUGAUCCUGCACAGAGAAUGCCUGUAUCUCAACAAGGCAACAUGCCUGUAAUGAUCAAUUUACAAGGGCUUGGCGGUGUCACACCCUCUCCAGAAAAAGGCAGAGGCAUGCAGCCUGUAGUAAAUUCUCCGUUGGCUGCUGCAGCUAGAAGAAUGCCCCAUCCAGACAUUGGGCAGGGAACCGUAGGAAUGGCACAAGAGGAAGCACCAGGCACCCCUAUCUUGCAGGACAGGGCAUCAGUUGAAAUGGCACCUCAAGCAGGGAAUGCCAGUCAACAAAAUGUUGUCAGCCAAGGUCCUAAUUCUCAUUUGUUGAAGUCUGUACCUUCAUCAGUCCCUCAGCAACCAGGAGCAAGUCCACAGCAACAGCCCCAGCAAGCACCAAUGGCCGGCUCACACAACCUUCAUUUUCCUAGCGCUCCUUCAACUUCCCAAAGUUCCCGCCCUAAGACGCCAAACCGUGCCAGUCCUAGACCGUAUCACCAUCCCUUAACCCCCACCAACCGUCCACCCAGCACUGAGCCUUCAGAGAUAAAUCUCUCUCCUGAGAGACUGAAUGCAUCAAUUGCUGGUCUUUUCCCCCCAAAGAUUAACAUCCCUCUGCCACCUCGACAGCCUAACUUAACUCGAGGUUUUGAUCAACAAGGUCUAAACCCUACCACUUUGAAAGCUAUUGGGCAGGCUCCACCAAGCCUGGCACCUCUGAACAACAGUAACGCUAGUGGUCAUAAUAGUGUUCAGCAGGGUUUUACACAAGCUAAUAAUGCCUCUGCCAAUACAGGUGCUAAGCAAGAGAAACAGACGGUUGGAGGGCAAACAAAGCGAGCUAGUCCCAGUAACAGUCGACGAUCUAGUCCUGCCUCAAAUAGAAAAACGGCCACUCCCAGCCCUGGAAGACAGAAGUGGACUAAGAACCCCUUAACCUCAAUACCAAAUCAUCAACAAAUGGCUGGUUCCCAAACUGUAAUGGCCAGUGCUUCAUCAGUCCUCCCAAGUCCCACUACAUCUGUAUCAUCAGUAGGAACUCUAGAUCUCCAGCAAAAUCUAAACCCUCUGCAAGUACUGCCUAGUAACUCCGAUGCAAUGAGAGAGAGCCAGGGGCAGGCACCACAGCUGGACUCGCGUCAGACUACACAAGUGGAAAGAGAUCAAUCUGCUCUUAGAAUGGCAAAUCAACGCUUGCCAUCCCAUGAGCCAAAAAUUCAAGAAAUAAAUAUGCCACCUGAGCAACCAUCAGAUGAGCUGCAUCAACCUCAGAAUCCACCACUGCAGGAGCACGGUUCUGCUGUUUCUUUUAGAGACGCUCCAACAUCCCUCAAUCAGUUGCUAGAAAAUACAGGCCACACAUCCUCGUCCACAAAGCCACCCAUGGUUACUCCUCCGGUAGCUUUGGUGGAACAAGAGAGUCACCGUAACCCCAACACCCCACAGAGCAGUGAUAGUGUGCUGCCAUUACCCACUAGUGAACAUGAACAAAAAUCCAAGAUUGGUUCAAUGGCUAGCACAAAUGUGAUCCAGACUAGUAGUCCAAGCCCACAGUCAUCCUCUGGUGUGUCCAGUGUUAGCCCAAGUUUGCUUACUAGCUCUGCUUCAAAUUCCAUUCUACAUCCCAACCCUUCAGUUAGUACUAAACCUAUUACAAGUAUGUCUCAAACAGUCUUGCAUAGACCUACAUCAUCAGGGUCCACUCAACCAAAACAGAUAACCGUUUUUGUAACCUCCAAUCCCAUGAGUUCUGCUGCUAGCACAGCAUCUGCAGUGCCUCCAGCCAUUGUCUCAACAGUGCUUGCAGUACCUACUAAGAGCAUAAGACCUCCAGAAGUGCACCAGUCUGCUUCUACUCAGAAUCGUCCUCCACAGUUUAUCACAGGACCCGUCAUUUUCCAAGUCCCAUCUGUCUCUGUACCAUCAAGCACCAACGUGGUUUCUCAGCCUGUCACUAUGGUUGGGCCCAUACAAGUAACUGCCAACAUUCAGCUCUCUCCUGCUCCAGUUUCAGCCACAGCUACCACUCUGUCUGCUCCUACAGCAACACAUUCCCCUAUUGUAAGCAUAGCCACAAGUCAGCCAAGUCGUACCAUGAUUGGACAAAUCCAAGUCCAGGUGCCUGCAAGUCAGGCAUCUUCUCUAAACACAGUCCAUCCUCCUCAGCAAGAGAGCACUUCUGAUGCCCCGGUCUCAAAAAUAAGUCCUGUAGGACAAUCAUCUUCUUUACAACCUAGCACAUCUAUUUCCCAAUCUGUCCAACAACCACUGGGAUUUUUGCCUCCCUGCUCCAGCCCAGGGACUACUGCUGUUACCCGCAGGAGUCCCCUCUCACAAUCACUGACAACUAUCACCAAGAGCAGUCCAGUCCAAAAUGUUCUGAGCAAGACUUCCACCCCCCACAGCAGUGACACCCAUCAGAUGCAACAGCAGACCACAAACCAGUCAGGAAAACCUAUAGACACUGCAUCAUCAUCACUUAAAGUGGGUGCAAAUGCAACACUUUCUAGUCUACCACCUCCUUCCACAGCGGUCUCAUCUGCAGCACCCGCACCUCAGCUGUCGGCACUAGUACCUACAGUUUCUUCUUCUGCACCUGUGCAGAUUCCUCUGCCUGUUUCCUCUUCCACCACUACACCCAGUCCUUCACUGAUCGCUCCCAGCUCUGCUGUGGAACCUCAAGACAGUUCUGCUUCCAGUUCUCCACCAAUCACUAGUAUGUCUGCACCAUCUGUUCCACCUUCUGCUUCUGUCCCACCAGUGACCCCUGCACCAUCCACUGUUCCUACAGCAGGUUCAUCUUCACUACUUCCAGCUGUGGAAGCACAACCUUCCACGGUAAUAGAGACGAGCUUGCCUGAGCCAGCAAACCCCACGGCGCCUGCUGCAGAUACUCCAGCUCAGCCUGCACAGGAUCAACAGCAAACCGGAGAAACAGUGCCCUCUGUGGCAGAACAGGGAUGGGCAAAGAAAAGAAAGACGCCCAUCGACUUAGCCCAAAGGGAAGCAAGAAGCCACGCCGAAAAGGCAAAAGGCCCCAGCCGAAGGAGCUCACGAGCUGAGAAGGACACUGAAGAGGAAGUGCCUGAAAAUGGACAGAGAAAGAGGGCAGCCAGACCAGGGUCAGCCUCUUCCAACCCAGGGAAAGCUGCAGAAUCAAACACUGGAGCGAGUCCCACGCAGGCCAAGCGAAGGAAGUCAAAGUGAUCAUGAAGCUUAACACACCUGUGAAAUGUACAUUUCUCUCUUGAACUGUUUUAUCUGCUGUUUUUCCUGUAAUCGUUCGUGUGUGUGUGUGUGUGUGUGUGUGUGCGCGCGCAUGUGGUAGUAGUCAUGUACAGAAACAUGUUUUUAAAAAGAAAUUAAUGAUGUUUUUGUUCCCUGAUACUAAGUGAUAUCCUAUUUACAGCUGUGUGUGUGUGUGUGAGAGAGAGACAGACGUGUCCUGUUUUUUAUAUAUGCUGGAUUAAUCAUGAAGCCUGAUGAUGGAUUGUAUAAUAAUGUUACAAAAAUGGUUUAAAAAUGUUUUGUUUGUUUUUUUAAAAAUACUUGUCCCUGGACAUGGAUUACUUAAUUGUCUGCGCACUUCUCACCUCCUUGUUACUUGAGUACAUUUUGUUUAAAUAUGAAAUUGUGAUGUUUUUCUUCUUCUUCUGUUCAUUUGGGCAGCUAAAUAUAUUUUUUUCCUCUAACAUCCUCUCACACACACACACACACUUGCCCCCCUCCCACCCCCCAGCAAACAUGAAUCUCAAUCAUGAACCUGAAAUUUAAAAUAAAAGCUUGAUUACAUCAACAAAAAGGAAAGGGCUUUCAUUUCAAUGAUUUUUUAAAUAAAAGAAAUGAAUGGAUAAUUAUUUGUAAAUAUGAAUAGUUUAUUUACAAUUCCAGGACGGCAUGUGGUAUUGAUGAUUUAAUAAAUCGUAACUCCUAUACAUUACCA